AUGUCUGCUGUAAGCAACCUGGAGGGGGUCACGUACGAAGCCACGCUCGGAACGACACUGGACCCGGAAGAGGGCGAGGAGGAAUUGGCUUCCUACCUUGUGCCGCGCUUGGCUACGUAUGCGCCGUCGGCCUCGCCGUUUUCUUCAUCACUGUCGUCGCACGGCGGCGAAGACGAUGGUACCGCAGAAGAGGACCAUGCUGUGUUCCUACCAGGGCAGAGUGGCGGCAACGGAAGUCAGGCUCGCGACAGCGGCGAGCGAUUGGCUGCACACGCCCUCAAGGACGACACAGCUGAAGGUGUUGUGCUGCGUGCGAGUCACGAUCUACUUGCGCAUUCCUCUGCCUCUAUAGAUGACGAGGUGCAGGCAAAUGCUGGUACCACCGUAGACCCAUUUCUUACGGAUAUGGAUGCCGAAGAUGUCGAUGAUGGGUACGAGGAGGACGAGCAUGACUUUGACGAGGAAGGCAAGGAAGGGACUGAGAGCACCGAUGCACUGACACAGUCACGUUCAGGCAAACACCACAGCGGCGCCAGUAACGUUCCCAACUAUGUGAACGCGUUUGCGCACAAUCGUGUGAAGGAGUUGCUCAAGUUCGAGGGCAGCUCCUCUAUCAUCUCAAAGGAUGCUAUAUCGGCCGCGUGUGAAGCGGUGUCACUCUUAACGCAUGAUCUCGUGGUUAUGGCUGCGAGAGAAGCAACAAGGCGGCAUCGCAAGACCGUUACUUACGACGAUAUCGCCCGCGUGGUGCAGUUGCUUGACCGUUUUUCGUUCUUAGCUGAGGUGGUGCCGCCUGUGGCGGCCUCCUCCUCCAGCGCGCUCGCAGCCGGAAGGUCGAUCGUCGUUGGUAGCAACGUACACUCGGCCGCGACUCCGCGCAAGAGUAGCGACACAAAGCGACACAGAGAACCAUUCGUGCAUCGCCGAUCCGCACACGGACGCCCCGGAGGAAAUGCGCUACAGAGCCACGGCGAGACACCGCCGGUGGCGACGCAGUCCAAUACAGCGCAGUCGCGUGCUCUCGAUGGGGCUGCGCAGCGACGAGAUCUUUAUCCGCAGGCUGGGGCUGGCUUGCGCCAGGAAACCCUGCGUUUUUGA